CCGCGCUCCGCGCUCCUGUCAGCCCUCACCGCGCCUCGGGGGCCGCGCUCAGCCCCCCGCCCGCCUCAGCCUCCGGCCUCCCCACGGAUCGCUGUCACUUGGCUUGAUUUUAUUUUAAUUUUUUUUCUUAAUUUUUUUUCACCACGAAGGGGAGGAGCGCGAAACCCAGCUGGAAAAUGAGCCAGAAUGUCUGAGAAAAUGUCCAGCUUUCUGUACAUCGGGGAUAUCGUGUCCCUGUACGCGGAGGGCUCCGUCAAUGGGUUCAUCAGCACGCUGGGGUUAGUGGAUGACCGGUGUGUGGUCCAGCCAGAUGCAGGUGACCUUGCUAAUCCUCCAAAGAAGUUCAGAGACUGCCUUUUCAAGGUGUGUCCUAUGAACAGAUAUUCAGCUCAGAAGCAGUACUGGAAAGCCAAGCAAGCCAAACAAGGAAACCAUACCGAAGCUGCACUGCUGAAGAAACUUCAACAUGCGGCAGAACUGGAACAAAAGCAGAAUGAAAGUGAGAACAGAAAGCUGUUGGGCGAAAUUGUAAAAUACAGCAAUGUCAUCCAGCUACUGCACAUAAAAAGUAACAAGUACCUCACAGUCAAUAAAAGAUUGCCAGCUCUGCUAGAGAAGAAUGCUAUGAGGGUGUCUCUGGAUGCUGCAGGGAAUGAGGGCUCCUGGUUUUAUAUCCAACCAUUCUGGAAACUGAGGAGUGAAGGUGACAAUGUUGUGGUGGGAGAUAAAGUUGUUCUCAUGCCAGUCAAUGCAGGACAGCCUCUGCAUGCCAGCAACAUUGAGCUUCUAGACAACCCUGGCUGCAAAGAGGUAAAUGCUGUCAAUUGUAACACAAGCUGGAAAAUAACUUUGUUCAUGAAAUUCAGUAGUUACCGUGAUGAUGUACUGAAAGGAGGAGAUGUUGUGAGGCUUUUUCAUGCAGAGCAAGAAAAGUUUCUGACCUGUGAUGAAUAUGAGAAAAAACAACACAUUUUCCUUCGCACUACAUURCGUCAGUCAGCGACGUCUGCAACAAGUUCUAAAGCACUCUGGGAAAUAGAGGUUGUCCACCAUGACCCUUGCCGGGGAGGGGCUGGACAGUGGAAUAGCUUGUUUAGAUUUAAGCAUUUGGCAACUGGAAACUACUUGGCUGCAGAGCUUAAUCCACAUUACCCAGAAGGUAAUACUGAAGGAAAAGCUUUGCAGAGAGACGGCGACCUUCCUGCUUCAAAGAAGAAACGCCAGGCAGGGGAGAAGAUUAUGUAUACUUUGGUCUCUGUGCCACAUGGAAAUGACAUUGCAUCUCUCUUUGAACUGGAUGCCACCACUCUUCAGAGAGCUGAUUGCCUGGUUCCAAGGAACUCCUACGUCCGACUGCGGCACUUGUGCACCAACACCUGGGUCACCAGCACCAGCAUUCCAAUAGACACUGAGGAAGAGAGGCCUGUCAUGUUGAAGAUUGGGACGUGCCAAACCAAAGAGGACAAGGAGGCUUUUGCCAUUGUGUCGGUUCCUCUGUCUGAGGUCAGAGACUUGGACUUCGCCAAUGACGCCAACAAGGUUUUAGCAUCAACUGUUAAAAAGCUGGAGAAUGGAACAAUAACCCAGAAUGAAAGGAGAUUUGUAACCAAGCUACUGGAAGAUCUCAUUUUCUUUGUUGCUGAUGUGCCCAAUAAUGGGCAAGAAGUUUUGGAUGUGAUCAUUACCAAGCCAAACCGKGAGCGACAAAAAUUAAUGAGGGAACAAAAUAUAUUGGCUCAGAUAUUCGGCAUCCUCAAAGCUCCUUUUAAGGACAAAGGUGAAGGAUCAAUGCUGAGACUUGAAGACCUGGGUGACCAGAGAUAUGCUCCCUACAAAUACAUGUUAAGAUUGUGUUACAGAGUUCUAAGACACUCCCAACAGGACUAUAGGAAGAACCAGGAAUAUAUUGCUAAGAACUUCUGCGUCAUGCAGUCCCAGAUUGGUUAUGAUAUUCUGGCAGAAGACACCAUCACAGCUUUGUUGCACAACAACAGAAAACUGCUAGAGAAACACAUCACAGCUAAAGAAAUAGAGACGUUYGUGAAUUUACUCAGGAGAAAUCGAGAGCCAAGAUUCUUGGAUUAUCUGUCAGACCUGUGUGUAUCUAACACCACAGCAAUACCAGUAACUCAGGAACUCAUCUGCAAGUUUAUGCUGAGCCCAGGGAAUGCUGACAUUCUCAUCCAGACCAAGCUGGUUUCAACCCAAAUGGACAAUCCCUUGGAAUGCCCAGUCAUCUCGGAUGACAUUGAUGAAGAGGAAGUGUGGCUKUACUGGAUUGACAGUAACAAGGAGCCUCAUGGCAAAGCCAUCAGRCAUCUGGCUCAGGAGGCAAAGGAGGGCACAAAGGCUGAUUUAGAAGUUCUUACCUACUACAGGUACCAACUGAACCUCUUUGCAAGAAUGUGCCUGGACCGUCAAUAUCUUGCCAUUAACCAGAUUUCUGCCCAGCUGUCAGUAGACUUGAUCCUCAGGUGUAUGUCUGAUGAAAGCCUCCCCUAUGACCUCCGGGCUUCCUUUUGUCGUCUGAUGCUGCACAUGCAUGUGGACAGAGAUCCUCAGGAGUCUGUGGUGCCUGUCAAAUAUGCUAGAUUGUGGACUGAAAUUCCUACCAAGAUCACAAUUCACGAGUAUGAUUCUUUCACUGACUCUUCGAGGAAUGAAAUGAAGACAAAGUUUGCACUAACAAUGGAAUUUGUAGAAGAGUACUUGAAAGAAGUUGUGAAUCAACCUUUUCCGUUUGGAGACAAAGAGAAAAAUAAACUUACAUUUGAGGUGGUACAUCUGGCUCGAAACCUCAUAUACUUUGGCUUUUAUAGUUUUAGUGAGCUUCUCAGAYUGACCCGGACGCUGCUGGCAAUUCUAGAUAUUGUUCAAGUUCCCAUAUCGUCAUACUUCGAAAGGCUGAGCAAGUUUCAGGAUGGAGGAAACAAUGUUAUGAGGACCAUCCACGGGGUAGGAGAGAUGAUGACCCAAAUGGUGCUGAGCAGAGGGUCUGUGUUUCCCAUCAGUACCCCUGACAUACAGCCAAGCAUUCACCCAAGCAAGCAAGCCAGCACAGCAGACAGUGAAGAUGUGAUCGUAAUGGACACCAAAUUGAAAAUCAUUGAGAUUUUGCAGUUUAUUCUCAGUGUUAGACUGGACUACCGAAUUUCCUACAUGCUGUCUAUCUAUAAGAGAGAGUKUGGGGAAAACACUGAAAAUGUUGAUUGCUCUCCAUCAUCCCCAUCUGACACAUCAGGGACUGCCUCAGCAAUUGUUCCUGACAUAGAUGAAAUUGCAGCUCAGGCUGAAACCAUGUUUGCUGGCAGAAAGGAAAAGAAUGCAGUUCAGCUUGAUGAUGAAGGGGGCAGAACUUUUUUACGGGUCCUCAUUCACCUUAUCAUGCAUGACUACCCCCCAUUGCUCUCAGGAGCUCUGCACCUGCUGUUCAAGCACUUCAGCCAGAGAGCAGAAGUUCUGCAAGCAUUUAAACAGGUUCAGUUGCUGGUGUCCAAUCAAGAUGUGGAUAACUACAAGCAAAUCAAGGCUGAUCUUGAUCAGCUACGUCUGACUGUAGAAAAAUCAGAACUGUGGGUUGAGAAGAACAGCAAUUAUGAGAGUGGAGAGGUGGGCGACAAUCAAACCAAAGGGGGAGAAGAGCCAAUGGAGGAGUCAAACAUUUUGAGCCCAAUACAGGAUGGGACCAAAAAACCCCAGAUAGACAGCAUYAAAAGCAAUAACUACAAUAUUGUUAAAGAGAUUUUGAUUCGACUCAGCAGACUUUGCAUUCAGAAUAAAAAAUGUCGGAAUCAGCAGCAACGUUUACUGAAAAAUAUGGGUGCCCACUUGGUCGUCUUGGACCUUCUGCAGAUUCCCUAUGAAAAGAGUGAUGAAAAGAUGAAUGAAGUUAUGAAUCUAGCCCACACCUUCCUUCAGAAUUUCUGUCGAGGAAAUCCUCAGAAUCAAGUUCUCCUCCACAAAAAUCUCAACUUGUUCUUAACUCCAGGGCUCCUGGAAGCUGAGACCAUGAGGCACAUCUUCAUGAAUAAUUACCUCCUGUGCAACGAGAUCAGCGAGAGGGUGGUGCAGCACUUYGUGCACUGCAUCGAGACCCACGGCCGGCACGUGGAGUACCUGCGAUUCCUGCAGACCAUCGUGAAAGCAGAUGGCAAAUACGUGAAAAAAUGCCAGGACAUGGUAAUGACAGAGCUGAUAAAUGGCGGCGAAGAUGUGUUGAUAUUCUACAAUGACAGAGCAUCAUUCCCAGUCCUGCUCCAGAUGAUGUGUUCGGAGCGAGACCGAGCCGAYGAGAGCGGGCCCUUGGCGUAUCACAUCACCCUGGUGGAGCUGCUGGCAGCCUGCACMGAGGGGAAGAACGUGUACACAGAGAUCAAGUGCAAUUCACUGCUGCCACUGGAUGAUAUYGUGAGGGUAGUGACCCACGAUGACUGCAUUCCUGAGGUGAAAAUUGCCUAUGUUAAUUUUGUUAACCACUGUUAUGUGGACACUGAAGUGGAAAUGAAAGAAAUCUAUGCCAGUAACCAUAUUUGGAAGCUGUUUGAGAACUUCCUUGUUGAUAUGGCAAGGGUUUGUAACACAACCACGGAUCGUAAACAUGCAGACACAUCUCUGGAGAAAUAUGUCACUGAGCCUGUCAUGAACAUUGUGAGUGGCUUCUUCAAUUCACCAUUUUCAGAUAACAGCACCAGCCUCCAGACACACCAGCCUGUUUUUAUUCAGCUGCUGCAGUCUGCUUUUAGAAUUUACAACUGUACCUGGCCAAACCCAACGCAGAAAGCCUCGGUGGAGUCAUGUAUCAAGACUUUGGCUGAAGUGGCAAAGAACCGGGGGAUUGCGAUUCCAGUGGAUUUGGACAGCCAGGUCAACACCUUGUUCAUGAAGAGUCACUCCAACAUGGUGCAGAGGGCAGCCAUGGGCUGGAGRAUGUCAGCCCGCAGUGGACCUCGCUUCAAAGAAGCUCUUGGUGGGCCUGCCUGGGAUUACAGGAAUAUCAUAGAGAAACUACAGGACGUGGUGUCCUCCUUGGAGCAGCAGUUCACCCCCAUGAUGCAAGCUGAAUUCUCAGUGCUGGUUGAUGUGCUGCACAGCCCAGAGCUCCUUUUUCCUGAGGGCAGUGAUGCCAGAAUAAGAUGUGGUGCUUUCAUGUCCAAGUUGAUUAAUCACACAAAGAAGCUAAUGGAGAAAGAAGAAAAGCUCUGCAUUAAAAUUCUUCAGACRUUACGAGAAAUGCUUGACAAGAAAACUAACUUUGCAGAAGAGGGCAACACUUUAAGGAAAAUACUCCUGUAUCGGUAUUUUAAAGGGGAAUAUGGAAGUGGCAUGAAUGGGCCUCUGUCUACCAGCUACAGCAAAACUGCACAAGUGGGAGGUGGAUUUUCAGGACAAGAUGCAGAUAAGUCUGGGGUGACCAUGUUUGAUAUCCAGUGCCUCCUGGACAAAGAAGGGGCUUCAGAACUGGUCAUAGAUGUGAUAGUGAACACCAGAAAUGACAGGAUUUUCUCAGAAGGCAUUCUGCUGGGUAUUGCCUUGCUCGAAGGUGGAAAUACGCAAACACAGUAUUCGACUUACCAGCAACUAAAGGAGCAGAAAAAGUCAGAAAGGUUCUUUAAAGUGCUGUAUGAUCGCAUGAAAGCUGCUCAGCAGGAGAUACGAUCCACAGUGACAGUGAACACUAUUGAUUUGGGGAGCAAAAAGAAAGAGGAUGACAGUGACCUAACCAUAUCUGUUCCCAAAAAGAGAGUUAAGGAUUCAACCCUGCAUCUGAAAGAGGGUAUGAAAGGACAGUUAACAGAAGCAUCUUCUGCAACCUCCAAGGCUUACUCUGUGUACAGAAGAGAAAUGGACCCAGAAAUAGAUCUGAUGGGCUCAGGAGCAGAUGCUGCAAAUGCAGAAGAGAAAUCCCCAGAAGAAACAAUCAUGAGCCCUGCCAUUGCAAUCAUGCAGCCAAUAUUGAGAUUUCUUCAGCUGCUGUGUGAGAACCAYAACCGAGAGCUCCAGAACUUUUUAAGACAUCAAAACAAUAAAACAAAUUACAACCUCGUUUGUGAGACCCUUCAGUUUCUGGACUGCAUCUGUGGCAGCACCACAGGUGGGCUGGGCUUACUGGGGCUUUACAUCAAUGAGAGGAACGUGGCUCUUGUCAACCAGACACUGGAAAGCUUGACAGAAUAUUGCCAGGGCCCGUGCCAUGAAAACCAGACAUGCAUAGCCACCCAUGAGUCUAAUGGGAUUGAUAUUAUAAUUGCUCUCAUCUUGAAUGAUAUAAACCCUCUUGGCAAAUACUGCAUGGACUUGGUGCUUCAGCUCAAGAACAAUGCCUCCAAGCUUUUGCUGGCUAUUAUGGAAAGCAGGCAAGACAGCGAGAAUGCGGAAAGAAUCCUUUUCAACAUGAGACCAAGAGAACUGGUGGAUGUGAUGAAGAAUGCAUACAACCAGGGUCUGGAAUGUGACCACGAGGAGGAGAAUGGAGAUGAUGGCAUCUCCCCAAAAGAUGUUGGCCAUAAUAUCUAUAUUUUGGCACAUCAGUUGGCUUGUCACAAUAAAACAUUGCAACAGAUGCUGAAGCCAGGGUCAGAUCCAGAUGAAGGAGAUGAAGCCUUGAGGUUUUAUGCCAAACAUACGGCACAGAUAGAGAUUGUUCGCCACGAUAGAACAAUGGAAAAAAUUGUCUUUCCUGUCCCCAAUAUUUGCGAAUUCCUCACACGGGAAUCCAAAAGUCGGGUAUUCAACACAACAGAGAGAGAUGAACAAGGGAGCAAAGUCAAUGACUUUUUCCAGCAGACUGAGGAUCUGUACAACGAGAUGAAAUGGCAAAAGAAAAUUAGGAAUAAUCCAGCCYUGUUUUGGUUCUCCAGACACAUCUCUCUCUGGGGGAGCAUUUCCUUCAACCUCGCCGUGUUCAUCAAUUUAGCAGUUGCUCUGUUCUACCCUUUUGGAGAUGAUGGAGAUGAAGGCACGCUCUCACCGUUGUUUUCCGUGCUCCUCUGGAUAGCAGUGGCGUUUUGCACAGCAAUGCUGUUUUUCAUCUCCAAGCCUGUUGGCAUUCGACCCUUUUUGGUGUCUGUUAUUCUCAGGUCUAUAUAUACUAUAGGGCUGGGCCCUACCUUGAUACUCCUUGGUGCUGCUAAUCUCUGUAACAAAAUCGUGUUCCUGGUGAGCUUUGUUGGGAACCGCGGGACUUUCACGCGUGGCUACAGAGCGGUCAUCAUGGACAUGGCUUUUCUCUACCACGUGGCCUAUGUCCUGGUCUGCAUGCUGGGCCUCUGCGUGCACGAAUUCUUCUAUAGCUUCCUGCUGUUUGAUCUGGUGUACAGAGAGGAGACAUUGCUGAAUGUGAUAAAAAGUGUUACCCGGAAUGGCCGUUCAAUUAUCCUCACUGCAGUGCUAGCRCUCAUCCUGGUUUAUCUCUUCUCCAUCAUUGGCUUCCUCUUCCUGAAAGAUGACUUCAUCAUGGAGGUUGACAGGUUGAGAAUCAGGACCCCUGCUGCAGGCGCUGGUGAAGUUCCCACUACAACCCUGACAUCAAUGAUGGGAGCCUGUGCUAAAGAGAACUGUUCCACAAGCAUCCCAGCUCUUAACCCAGGUGAAGAAGAGGAGGAUGGAAUAGAAAGGACCUGUGACACUCUGCUCAUGUGCAUUGUGACCGUAUUAAACCAAGGCCUGCGGAAUGGUGGUGGUGUGGGAGACGUGCUCAGAAAGCCUUCCAAAGAUGAGCCCUUGUUUGCUGCACGCGUUGUUUAUGAUCUUCUGUUUUACUUCAUUGUCAUAAUUAUUGUUCUAAACCUGAUCUUUGGAGUCAUCAUUGAUACAUUUGCUGAUCUCAGGAGUGAAAAGCAGAAAAAGGAGGAGAUACUAAAGACCACCUGUUUCAUCUGUGGACUGGAGAGAGACAAAUUUGAUAACAAGACGGUUUCGUUUGAGGAGCAUAUCAAGGCAGAACACAACAUGUGGCAUUAUUUGUACUUUAUAGUUCUUGUCAAAGUUAAAGAUCCAACUGAAUACACCGGCCCGGAGAGCUACGUGGCGCAAAUGAUUGUGGAGAAGAAYUUGGACUGGUUCCCUCGGAUGAGAGCCAUGUCUCUGGUUAGCAAUGAAGGCGACAGUGAGCAAAAUGAAAUCAGGAACCUGCAAGAGAGGCUGGAGUCGACCAUGAGCCUUGUAAAACAGCUUUCUGGUCAGCUGGCUGAGCUCAAGGAACAGAUGACAGAACAAAGGAAGAAUAAGCAGAGGCUGGGUUUUCUUGGAUCAAACACACCCCAUGUGAAUCAUCACAUGCCACCACCCUGAUACCACGGGGAGAAGCCGUGACUAGCCUUUCAUCAGUAUUCCUGCUUUAUUAUAGAAUAAAAAACUGAGAUUGAGAGGAGUGAACAGUGCCUAUUGUUACAAAGUUAAAAACAACCAAGUGCCAAGAUGUUAAGUGGUUUAGCUCUGGGAACAAUUUGUAGCUGUUUUUCAUGGUUGAGAGGGACCACAACCUAGAAUGUGAGCGAUAAAGGCAKCUCGUUUGUAUUCCCUCCCUGGCCCGGCUCUGCAGCUCGGCGGCUCCAGGGGUGGCUGGGACAGACKGGGACAGUGUGGCCGUGUCCUGGGAGCUGCCUUCUGCCCGGAGCGAGCUGAGCAGAAGAAGGAGAGGUGUUUGUUACGGCAAACACGACAGCCUGGCUCGGGAUCAAUAGGUCGUCUCUGGCUCACUUGCCAAAUAGCAACAUUAGUCAUAUUUGCUUGGCAUUUACUAUUUUUUAAUUACCGUAAAUAUGUCAGUCGGGUAAGCAAUAAUGUUGCUUCAAGUAACUUCUACUUGGAGGGAAAGGGGAGAAACCUCAAAAGACUGGGGUGGGGGGAAAUAAAGGAAAAAAUAGAAAAAAAAAUUGCAAAGAGAAACAUUAACGCUUUUGAAUUUAAGCUGUCACCAUGCAAUUUCUUAUUUAUAACGUGGAGCACAAUGGAUCUACAUCUGUGGGAAUGUUAUGCACAUAACACUGACAACAUAACUGGAAGUGAUUUCUUUCCCCUGGCUUCAGAUGUUCUCGAUUAAUGUGGCCRUGAGGUUUCACAUACUGAGAAGUUAAACUUUUUAACUUAAAUUCAAGUUCCAGUGGAGGAUUCAGGAAAAAAAAAAUAUAUCUGUAGUUUGAAGCGUGUAUGGGAUUUUA